CGGUAAAGAAGUUAAUAUUUUUGAGACCGCCCAGAAAAGAACAUUUGAAGAUAUUGCAAAACAAAUGAAGAGUUAAAUAUUUUUCUAUUGCAUCAGUUACUUCCGUUAUUUCGUGUGUCUUGAACGUUUAAUCACUAAAGUUUAAUUAUACGGUUUUUUUUGUUUUGUUUUGAAUUACUCCUAAAUUCUUUGUUAAUUAUUUCAUUAUCAUGGCCAAGGGUAAAGGUGGAAACAAUAAAGGUGGAAAUCAAAAACAAGGAACUAGUGGAGGAGGAAAGGGAUCUUCAGGAGGCUCUUCUGGUGGAAAAUCUUCACAAUCCAAAUCAAAUGAACAUGCUGAUGCUGGAAAGAAAGGCACAAAAAAGGUUCGUUUUGAGGAGAAAUUAUGUAAUUUAUAUACAAAAGAAAGAUGACGAUAAUAAUAAUAAUAAUAUAACUACUUAAAGUUUCUCAAGAAAUGAAUCCAGUGACAAAAAUUGCCAUUUAACAUAAAUUUAAAGUAAUAAUUAUACUAACGACAAUUUGAUAAAAUACUAAAGUAAAAAUUAAUUAAAUUUGAGAAUAAUAAAGUAAUUAUUGUUUUUACAGGUGGAAAAAAAUGAAUGCUAUAUAUUAAAUUAAUAAAACACUUAAUAAUUUUUAUUGAUUGUCGCA